UUCCGCUACUCCAAAAUUUGCACUAUUGAGAAACGCGGCAGAGUGUUCUUCCUCACUCUCACCAGGGACGGCGAGCGUCGUCUUUUCCCUGACGUCAUUGAUGCGAUACAAUCCGCCCCCGCCUACGCCAAGACUGAUUACUACUCAUGCGGCAGGCAAGGCAGAGCCUUGGUCAUCAUCGCCGAUGGACGCUUCUUCUCCAAUGGCUUCAACAUUGCCUGGUCCAAAGCAGUGAACUCCCCUGGUGCCUCCCAGGAACGACUCAUCUCCAUGAGCUCCCUUUUCAUCAAUCUCAUUACCGACCUUCUCUUCGCAUCCAGGGCGGAAGAUGCAAAGAGGAAUCACGAUCGUGACCUCGGGAGAGAGGGGGCAUUAUGGCAGGGCGGGGCAGGUAAGGUAUUAAAAACGGGAAAGCUCUUGGAAAAAGCUGACCACGGGAGGGAUCCGACAGGCCUCUUUCCGCUGCGCGAGGCCGCCGCGAUCAAACCUCUGCCCCAAAUAGGGGCGAUUCGUGGGAGGACGCCGCGCCGCGCAAAAAAAUUUCUCCCAAACGGUCCCUUAAUUAACCCUUAA